AUGGCGUGUCUCGCUCGUCUCCGUCUCACGCUUUUGCUCCUCGUUCUCGGGUUGAAUCAACGCCUACAGCCCGCCAAUGCGCAGUCGAACAAUGACUGUUAUUGCCAAUACACAUCCUCCUCUUCACGAUACUACCAAUAUUCGUGCGGGUGCAACACGACUGCCUACGACGAGACCCAAGCGAGGGUGCUUGCGGAGUUCGUACCGUGCGGCCUGACAGACUCCUUCCAGCCGUCCUACUGCUCCGUGCAAGGCGUGCACUGCGACUACCGCGGCAUGGUCAACUUGCUGCAACUACAAUCCAACCAGCUGUCCGGGCCCCUUCCUGCCUCCUUGGGGAGAUAUCACGACGCGAGCAUGUUGAACAUCGACUGGUAUAACUUCACAUGUCCAAUCAACGAGGGAAGAUGUGUGGUGCACCAGUUUACACGCUAUCCAUUCUGCCGCUUCUGCCCGGGCUUCUGUGCCACUUGCAACCCUUCUUACCUGGCAUCCACAGAUUACAUGGACCAAGACUUAGAAGAAGUAACGGCCCCCGACAUCGCAGGCAUUGUGGUUGCGUCUGUGGUCAUCUUGCCUGUGCUGCUGCUGAUCGUGUACCUGACUUACACCCGUGUCAAGGAGCAGAGGGAGAAGGAGAGGCGGGAGAAGGAGAGCAAGGAGGAGGGGGAGGCGGAGAGGAUGGAAGGCGGAGGCAGUGAGGGGGAGAGGGAGGAGGGGGGAGAUGCGAAGGCUUCUGUGGUGGAGAGUGGCAGUGGAUGGUGGAUGUUCAAAAAGAGCAGUGGUGCUGGCGCAGAGGCAGCAGCAGGGGAUGUGAACGAGAUGGCAACGAAGAGCCACCCAAACCUGGUGAGGCUGAUGGGGUAUUGCUUCGACAUCAGCCCAGACACGGAGCGCAUGGAGCAGAUCGUCAUCUACGAGUUCGUUGACAACGGCGACCUCGACCGCUGGAUCGGCCCGAGUGAGCUUUCCUACCCAACCAUGCUGCCCUGCCUUUCACUGCAGCCCUUUGGAGUGGUGAUGCUAACGCUCAUCACUGCUCGCAAGGCGAUCUACAACGCGGAGGCAGAUCAGAUCAACCUCAAGCAGUGGGUGGCUCCGCUGCUAGCGGCGGGCGACGCGGGCGUGAUGAGGGACCCGCAGCUGGAGGCGCCGGACGACUUGGUGCUGCGCAUGGCCCGCCUCGCCCUGCGCUGCACGGCCAUGCCCACCGCCUCGCGCCCCUCCAUCAGCCGCGUGCUCGGUGAGCUGCUCGUCAUGAAGGAGGAGUUUCUCGGGCAGGACGAGGACCGCAUGGCGGCGCGCAUUGACCGCGAGCUCGAGAGCUCCGAGAAUCUCCCCGUUCUCCUCCGCGUGCCUCCCAUUCAACCAUUCCCAUUCCCGUUUCCCUCUCUUCCUCGCCUUCCCUCGUUUCCCUCUCUUCUCUCCCUUCCUUCGCUUCCCAAUCUUCCCUCCCUUCCCUCGUUUCCCUCCCUUCCCUCGUUUCCCUCGUUUUCUCUCGUCCCUCCCUUCCUGAGUUUCCCUCUCUUCUCUCCCUUCCCGCGGUUCCCUCUCUGCCCUCCCUUCCCUUGUUUCCCUCCCUUCCCUCGUUUCCAUCUCUUCCCUCCUUCCUUCGUUGCCCUCUCUUCCCUCCCUCCCCUCGGUUCCCUCACUAUCCUCCCUUCCCUCGAUUCCCUCUCUUCCUCCCCUUCCCUCGUUUCCAUCUCUUCCUCGCCUUCCCUCGUUUCCCUCUCUUCCCUCCCUUCCCUCGCUUCCCUCUCUUCCCUCCCUUCCCUCGUUUCCCUCUCUUGCUCCCCUUCCCUUGUUUCCCUCUCUUCCCUCCCUCCCCUCGGUUCCCUCACUAACCUCCCUUCCUUCGAUUCCCUCACUUCCUCCCCUUCCCUCGUUUCCCUCUCUUCCCUCCCUUCCCUCGUUUCCCUCUCUUCCCUCCCUUCCCUCGUUCCCUCUCUGCCCUCCCUUCCCUUGUUUCCCUCUCUUCCCUCCCUUCCCUCGUUUCCCUCUCUUCCCUCCCUUCCCCCAUUUCCCUCUCUUCCCUCCCUCCCCUCGGUUCCCUCACUAUCCCCCCUUCCCCGUUUCCCUCUCUUCUGUCCCUUCCCCCAUUUCCCUCUCUUCCUCGCCUUCCCUCGUUUCCCCUCUCUUCUGUCCCAUCCCUCGUUUCCAUCUCUUCCUUGCCUUCCCUCGUUUCCCCUCUCUUCCCUCUCCCCUCGUUUCCCUCUCUUCCCUCCCUUCCUUCGUUUCCCUCUCUUCCCUCCCUUCCCUCGUUUCCCUCUCUUCCCUCCAUUCCCUCGUUUCCCUCUCUUCCCUCCCUUCCCUCGUUUCCCUCUCUUCCCUCCCUUCCCCGUUUCCCUCUCUUCUGUCCCUUCCCAUGUUUCCCUCUCUUCCCUCCCUUCCCUCGUUUCCCUCUCUUCCCUCCCUUCCCUCCUUUCCCUCUCUUCCCUCUGGUUCCCUCCCCUCCCUCCUUUCCCUCCAACCCCUCCCUUCUCCCCCUUCUCCCCAUUCCCUCCCUUCUCUCCCUGCUUGCAUUCAGAAUCUCUCCUUUUCCUCCCUCCCCUCCCGUCUCUCCCUUCCCUCCCUUCUCUCCCUUCUCUCCCUUCCCUCCCUUCUCUCUCUUGCCUCCCUUCCCUCCCUUCCCUCCCUUCCCUCCCUUCCCUCCCUUCCCUCCCUUCCCUCCUUUCCCUUCCUUCCCUCUUACCCUCUCUUCCCUCCCUUAUCAACCUUCCCUUUCUUCCCUCUCUUUCCUCCCUUCUCUCCCCUCCCUCCCUUCCCCCUCUUCCCUCCCUGCGAUCUCUUUCUUCUCUUCUCUCCCCCCCCCCCUCCCCCCCCCCCCACCUUCUCCUCCAUCCCUCAGCACGGCCCCCAUCAGCGCCAAAAAUUUAG